CGCAAGGGCUGGCGGAGAGAGCACUGCUGGCGGCUGGAAGGUCGCCCUCGUACGACAGCCUUACGGCAGGUCGUGCCGAGCAGCUGUUGGGUGGCUUCAAGGCGGGGCUAGCCCGGGUGGACCGCUGGCUCAUCGUGGGGUACCAGAUCAUGCUGGUGGUGUUCGGCACCUGGGUUCUGCUGAGCUGGAAGGAUGUGGCGGUGUCCCGUUUCCUGCUGCACCGCCACGACACCGCGCAGGGGCGGCAGGACCUGGACCGCAUUGUCACGCCCAUCAACGCUGCCGCCACCUGGGCGCUGCUGGUGGCUUCCGGGCUGCUGGUGGUGCAGCUGCUGGGGGUGGAUGUACGGCCGCUGCUGCUGCUGACGGGAGGGGGCAGUGUGGUGGCGGGGCUGGCCUCGCAGCAGCUGCUGGCUAAUGCGGUCAGCGGGUUGCAGAUGUACAUGGACCGCCCCUUCCGAGUGGGCGACACCAUCGGGCUGGUGUCCGGUGUGACCUCCUACGUGGGCGAGGUGGCGGAGAUAGCGGCGCUGCGCACCCACAUCGCCCUAGACGACGGCUCCAC